ACAAAAUGUAAUUCACCGAUCUCAUAGUGAACUUUAGAAUGAAAUUUGUAUGCUCGAUUUAUAUUUUGAUUGUGGUUUUUGUGGAAAACAAGGAAAAUUUUUUGGUACGAUGCAUCGCCAACGUAGAAGAGCACGAGCUUGUGCACUUGUCGCAGAAAUUGAACGCCCUGGAGUGUUUGCAACUUGUGCAAGCUGUAUACGAAGUAACUCCAACGAGAAUGGAACGUAAAGUGAAGAAUCGCGAGACACCACGUGAAGACUUGAGUCGAAUGCCAAUAACGUCGGAGGAAUGCCUUCUUAAUCUUGAACAAUGGAAACAUGAUUUUCCAACAAAUAUGAAACCAACCGGACGGGCAGCAAUGGAAAUGACUUUAAGAUGGUUAGGACGACCCGACCUGGCAAAGUACGUGAGAGAAAAUCCCAGAUUGAUUAAACUCUUUGAUACGGAGGGUCACGAUGUAGCAGGCACGUUAGAAUUUCCAGGACACAGAGUGUCGAGAAGGCAGGCUCAGGAAAUGGACAAAAAUCCAAAUACUCGUGUAAUGACGAAGAAGAGAAGGACAAAAAAGAAAAAGAUGAAGCAUCGCGGAAAUUCCAAAGCGCAAAAUAAAGGAGUGAAAAGGGCAAUGAUCGUUGCAGCAGCACACCCUGCAUCUCACAAGAGUCAUCGAUUGAAAAAGAAAGGGAACCUCCAACCGAGGAAGAUUGGUUCCGCCGUACGCACGUCGAUCUGGUGUUCAAUUCUGUUCGUUCUAUUCUUUGUUACCAUUUGCCUUGUCGGUGUCUACUUCUAUUACAAGCGAAAUCAUUCAAAGGCACGUGGUACGCGAUUCAAGCACAUCCGGAACGUGAAUAAAAAGGAUAAAAACACCUUCACCGAUAACUUGGAGUGGAAUGACGAUGACGUUUGUUCCUGUUCGGAUAUAGAAGAUUGUACAGAGAAAUGUGAAAUGUGUGAUCAAAUUUAUCAAACGCGUUACGUAGUAGAUCAUCGGAUUGGUACUGACGAUUCUAUCAAAAGUUUGACCUCUGUUCGUGAACCGAAGAAGGAAGAGAAGAGAAGCUGCCAGAAUAAGAAAAAGGAAAAGGAUCAGAAUAAUCGGGAUAGGAAGAAAAUUUUGGACAAGAUAGUUGCGAAGAGAUGCGAAAAAAUGCCACGAAUCGUUCGAAAGGACCAAUGCAAAUGUUGUAGAUGUAUCUUGAAUUCUAGAGAUAAAAUACGACGUGAGAAGAAAGAACUACACAAAUGGAAAGCGAAGAGAAAGAAGGAAGAGAAAAAAAGAAGGAAAGAGGAAUUACGAAGAACAGAAGAACUGGCGAAUGUAUGUUUCAACGAGACGUGUAAAUAAACUACUAUUUCAUUUGCUAUUUCAGCACUCUGAUGAUUACUUAAGAACGAAUAUUUAAAAUAGUUAAGAAAAAAACAGAAAGGAAACAAUAACCACAGAGAUAUCAUAAAAAUAUCAAAUCUUAUUACGGUAAUAAUACUAUGUGAUAUUAACAAAAUUCUUUGUUUUCUCACUACUUUUUAUUUUAUUAAAUCAUUUUAUUAUUUCAUUAAAAUUUUGUUUCAACAUUUUAAUAAACGUAAUAUGUAUUGGCACUGGUAUUGUGUUAAUCAUUUUAAUUGUUACGAAACAAAUCAUAAAAUCCCGCGUUUAAGAGCAGUGUCACGUGAUCCUUUCUGAAUUCGAGAGUAUCGAUCUUUCGAUUCUCGAAGAUGGAUCGCGCGCGUUACUGCAGUGACCGUUGCAGUUCGUUCGUUCGUUACGUUAUAAAAUUUUCGUUCUGUGAAAAAACUGUGAUAUCGCCGGUUAUCAUCAUCAUCAGCAGAAAUAUCUACUAUCUAGGUACGAAAUUAUGCAUUUGAAUUUCCAUAAAAAACGAUAUAAAGAGAUAUAUUUCAGAAUCGCAAGUCAAACUUUGCCGUUCGCACGAGGCAAAGCAUUUGUAAAAGAGCUAUAAACAAUUCAAACACAAUGUAUUUUCUUCAACUAUCAACUAAAAACUCCAUUUUACAAUAUAUAUUAUUUUAUUUUAUUGUAGAAAUAUUCGUGGCAAUAUUUCUGAUUACAAAGAUUACAAACAUUUUAUUGUUUAUAAUUUUUUAACCAUAUGGCGAUGAAAUUGAACAUUACGUUU